AUUGUUGUUUAUUGACAUAAAUAGACAAUAAAUAUAACAUAAAUUGGUUUACAAUUAAUAUAAACAUAUUGUUUGAAAAGUGAUAACAAUUUAAUUGUUUUGUUUGAAUCACUGAUUGAAUCACUGAUUGACACAACAGUUGUUAUAACAUAUCUUUUGUCAAUAGUAGACAUAAAUCGGUGUUUCGAUGGCCCGAACCAAACAGCGACAGACGGCUCGCAAGAGUACCGGCUCUUGGAAUCAAUCGGCGAAAUACACUUCGCUUAUGAAGAAGUUGGAGACAAAAACAGGAAAGGGUUCCGGAAAAGGACGCAAAUCUACGGGCGGCAAAAGUCAAUUCGUGAAGAAGAAGACAUUCCGUUACAGACCCGGAACUAUAGCUCUUCGUGAGAUUCGUCGCUUCCAACGGACCACUGAAUUAUUGAUUCCUCGACUACCGUUUCAACGAUUAGUACGUGAAAUUGCAUCUGACUUUAGGGACAGUUUGCUCUUUCAAUCGGCCGCUUUAGGAGCUCUUCAAGAAGCAUCUGAAGCCUAUUUGGUUGGACUUUUUGAAGACACAAAUCUUUGCGCAAUUCAUGCCAAGAGAGUGACAAUUAUGCCGAGGGAUAUACAGUUAGCCAGAAGGAUACGCGGAGAACGUACCUAAUAAUGACAUCAUUGGAUCAUAAUAUUUAUAGUAUAUACUACAGUAUAUAUAUACAAUGUAUAUAUAUCAC